GCUCCGGUUACUUGCAAGCUUCAUUCCGGCUUCAAUUGAUUUUGUUCUUUCACGGUGUCAAGUACCUUUUCUCUCUCAAAGUAAAUUUCAAGGAAGUGUCUCAGUUUUUUCUAGUGAAUUUUCAUCGUCAAGAAAAACUCCGAAGUUUGAAACAAGAAGCUAUCCAAGCGCAACAAUGGCUUACCGCAACAACAACCGUCGCAAUGGUGGAGGUGGUGGUGGCAAUUUCGGCAACAACUACGGUGCUGGCCGAAUCAAUCCUUGGGACACGGGUGUGGGCGGGGGCCGUGCUAACAAUGACGCCCUCACGUUAGCAAAUAGUCUGAUCAAUAAUUUACUCCGCAAUCAAAGCUCUAACCAGGCUCCGCCGUCGCUCCUGGACGGCGUCCAAUCGUCCCGAUUCGACGAUAUGAAUGGAUUCAACUUCAUACGCAAUCGGUACGGCAAAAACCGUAAUAACGGCCCCUAUAAAGGUGGCAUUCGUAAACCGGAUGCAUUCACCCGUUCCAAGAAUGUUCUGGCCAAAAAUUCCCAUAAUAAACACAAAGAAAGAGAUGCUAAAGAUUCGAGCAAGAAAGAGAGCAACAACAAGCAGGGAGCAAAUAAGAAGGGCAACUCGGGCAAUGCUGGUGGAAACAACAACAACAAGCAAAACAAAUCGUCGCCUUACGCGGACGUCUCGAAUGAGUACUUGUAUUGUCAUAUGUGCGACAAGCACAUGUACGAUGCGACCUCGUUUGAGAAUCACAUCACUGGUCGCACCCAUCGGGUGAUGAAGGAGAGCAUCGAGGAGAGUUACCGUAUGCGUGCAACUCUGCUCCGCCAAGAAGCCAGAAUCGCCGAGCAACUGAAGACGAUUGAGAUCGAUCGGUUGAAGCGAAUGGGCAAGGCCAAGAAUUACUCCAAGAUGCGCGAGUAUUGUCCGAUGUGCGAGCUCUUCUUCUAUGGGCACAUCAUCGCACAUCGCCGUUCGGAGAAGCAUUUGGAUCUGAAGAAGUUUUUGCAUCCCAAGUGCGACGAUUGCGAGCUAGAGUUCCACAACCGCACCGAGUACGAUGACCAUUUGCUGUCUGUGGUCCACAUGAAGAAUUGCAAAACUAAACCAAGUCGACUUGACAUCGAGAAGAAAGCAAAACAAUUGGUUAUCUCCACUGCUAAUGAUGAAUUGCUAGACAUUCGUGAAGAAACGGCCCCGAAGAAUAAGAAGAAGGAUAAGGAGGCUGCCUCUUCGGCAGCGAAAAAAACUGAAAAACCCUCAGCAACUGCGACCACAUCUGGCGAGAACGGCGAAGCCAAGCCAGAUUCGGAAACAGCUGCCGACAAGCCCGCCACAGAAGAUGGUGCUGCGGCUGAUGAGUCCAAAAUGGAAGACGAUGCUCCAGAGGACGAAGUUACUAAAGAUGAAGAGAGCGCAGAUUGCAUUCUGGACUACAAGGCUGGCGAUGAAAUUUCCCCUGAAAUCGACAGCAAACUCCCACGGUACAACAAGAACCGUGCGCUCGGUCUGAGCUUGAUCGGCAAACUCGAAUGCCACGAGUGUCGCAUCUGUCACAAAUACUUCGAUAAUGACGCUACUGGCGAAAUCCACGCUCGUACGCACUCUCACUACCGUGCGUUUAUUCGUUUCCUGAACGAGAAAGCCAUGGAAGUGCGUAUUUCUCAGAAGCGUGCAGCCGUCACUUUGGAGGAGGCUGAAGCCGCUAAGAAACAGAAAUUGGCUGCCGAGGAGAAGAAAACUGAAGAGAACGGCAAUGCUGAAAAGAAGGACUCCGAACUCUACGAUCCUUCAGAGGCUACAGGUGAAGGUCAGAAUUCUAAGUGCACAAAGUCCGGCGAUGCCAGCAUGGCUGAUGACAGCAAGAGCGAGGAAGCCAACGGUCUUAGCGAAUCUCAGCUGGAACCGAUGGAGACGGAGAACGCCGAAACAAAUAAGGGCGAAUCUACUACAUCUACGGAUGAUAAGUCCACCGCUUCCUCCGCCGAGGCCGCCAGCAAGACUGACGAUUCCUCCAAAACCGAAACAAAACCGGAAAAGGAGGAAGAGAAAACUCCCGCUAAGAAUAAUCGACGGGGACGUGGCGGUCGCUCCGGUCGUUAUGGUGGACGCUACUAAAAAUAUACAGAAAAAAAAUUAAACUCAGAUUUAUCACCAACUUCUGCAUUUGAAGCUAAAUAAUAGUGUUUUUCGUGCGAUUCAACUACUGCAAUGGAACAACAAAUCAUAACUUAUACUCCUUUUAUGCUAUUCAAUUCUACUAUUUCAUCACGAUAAUAGUUGUAUAGUUACAACGGAAAUAUAACUUUUAAUUGGUUUUACUGUUUAGUUAACACACGUGUGUUAAUUUGCGUUUGACCUUAUCCAUUUUACCUUUGAAUAGAAAGGAAGAGCACUCCUGUUCGUAUUUGUGUUAUUCUAAGCAUAAUUUCUUCAACCCGCUGUAACACGAAAUGCAGGAGAAAUGAUCACGCAUGCUUAAAACUUAGAAGAAAAAAAAGUUUAAUGAAAACGAAACCUACAAAAAAUAAUCACAUUCAAAGCAAAGAGCGAAUAUUUCUAGCAAAUGUGCACUCGUAGGCUUUUGUCGUCCAGGCUUCCCGUACUAACUCACAAAUACACAGACAAAGUACAUUCGUGCAACGAUCAUAUUGUGAAACGAUUCUAUUUGUCCUUGAUACUCCAGGAAGACGAGUGCACAUUUUCACGUAUUUACUAGUAAUUUAUGGAUACUUGUGUACGUUUAGGCUGAUCUGCCAGCUAGACGCAAUAUUUAAUGAAACAGAAACAUAAUAUAUUCUCUCAAAUAUAAGCAAACAACGCAAGUUUAAAAUUAUAAAUUAAAUUCUCGGUAUCGUUAAGUAAUCUAUCUAAAAUAUAAAAAAACAUUCAAAUGUAAUUGUAUUCCACCAGAAAAAAAUGUAGUAGCAUUGUUGUGAGGCGUAAUGAUACCUCCGCAGACUAAAUAAUUGCUUCUCUUUGUGUAGUUACAGCAAAAACAUCUAAACAUAUUGUGCAUCGGAGUUAACGAUUUUCUCUGUGAAAUUCGAAUAGGGAAAUUAGUUUUAUCACUUUGGGCAAAAAUGCACAGCAAGCUAAGCUAAAUAGCGUACUAUAUUAUAAAUUCAAGGAAAACCAACCCAGGUUGCAGCCGGUGCCACAACAGGCUACGAGAGACUGAUAGAUCCAGCAUAACUGGAAGGCAUCAUGUCCAAAUGCCACGAUGAAGUGAGCUUUUCGUUGUGGGCCAUGCAGAAUUGUAACUGAUAAUAUUGCAAGCAAUGUUUAUAGCGAUCAAUAUGUGGAGAUUCGGAACGAAACUAGUAACCUCGCCAAGAGCGAGUAUCUAUUUGAAUAUGUUGAAUAAAAUAUUUCAAAGUAAAAUUCGUUGCUAGCAAAGUGUAAGCUAAAUCUAGACAUGUGUCGUCGCGAAUUGAAAAAAUAACAAACACAGUGACACUCACUACCUACAUACAAGCAUACAAAACAGGUACUAGAUGUAACUGGGCAUAAUUGUGAAACCGAGAAUUUUCUUCUAGUGAUUGACAAAAAUAAAACUGAACAAAAUCUGAGUUUAAAACAAA